CAGAUCCGAAGAGAUUUGUUUCUUCUUCCUCCUCUUGUUGUUUCUGAACAGAAUUCGAAUCACCCGAAUCCUCUCUCUCCAAAGUUACAGAAGGAGAAGAUGAAGUUUGGAGAUACGUUCGCUGAAUAUCUGCAUGGAGAGGAGGAAUGGUUUCUGGAAAAAUGUCGACAUAUCGAGUACAAGAAGCUUAAGAAGGUACUGAAGAGGUGCAAAUCAUGUAACAGUAACACGACGAACUCAAACUCUGGAUCCGGACAUGGACGACAGAACUCAUCAUCACCUCUCCCUCGACCGCCGUGCCAAUGCCAAUCUUGCCCUUGGUGUGAUGAGAUGUUCUUCUCUGAGCUGAUGAAGGAAGCUUCGGACAUAGCCGGAUGCUUCAAGUCAAGAGUCAGAAGUCUUCUCCAUCUUCACGUGGCCACCGGGAUGCAGAAAUACGUGUUACGUUUCCGCAGAUGCUUUGCAGACGACACUCAGACAUUGCUACAGGAGGGUCAGAUCUUGAUCCAGUACAUCACGAUGAACGCUAUAGCCAUCCGUAAGAUCCUCAAGAAAUACGACAAGGUGCAUUGCUCUGAGAACGGGAAGAAUUUCACGAUGAAGAUGAGGGCUGAACGGAUAGAGCUCUUGCACUCGCCUUGGCUCAUAGAGCUGGGAGCUUUUUACCUCAACUACGGGCUCGAUAAGGCGAAAAACGUCGACAGUUCGUGUGGCCAAGUCUCAUGUGAUCUGAAAGCCGAACAACCCGUGAUGAAACUCACGCUGCCGAACUCAAUAGAGCUGGAGUUCGAUCUCACCUGCGCCAUCUGCCUUGAAACAGUGUUCAAUCCAUACGCGUUGAAGUGCGGUCACGUCCUAUGCAAGGCGUGCCUUUGCUCGGCUGCCUCUGUGAUGAUCUUCGAAGGCGUUAAAGCCGCCGCUUCCCAUUCAAGAUGCCCCAUUUGCAGAGAGGCUGGAGUUUAUGCUGAUGCGGUCCGAAUGGCCGAGCUCCAUCUUCUGCUAAAGACAAGAUGCAAAGAGUACUGGAAAGAGCGGAUGAUCGCUGAACGUUCUGAGAUGGUGAAGCAGUCCAAGAUAUUCUGGAAUCAGCAGACCAAACACAUGAUCGGUUACUAAUUAUCCAUAUUGCUAGCUCUUAUAUAUAUAUAUAUAUAUAUAUAUGAAUUAUCAUCAUUCUCUCUUUGCAUAAAGAUUGAGCUCUCAUGAUGGUUGGGGAGACUCCGUGGUAUCAUUAUUAACAAUAUCAUCUUCAUCAUAUUAUAUUUUUUUUUUACAAGGAGUCAUCAUAUUAUAUUAUUAUUGUUGUUGUUAUUAA